ACAUUACAAAGCAUAGGUCAGCAUAUUUGCCCAUCCAGCCUCUGCAUCCAUGGGCAAGAAGAAAGACAAGGCCAAAGCGAAGGCAGAAGCAAAGUCAGAGCCUGAAGCCAAGGAAGCAAAGGCGGCCGAGCCUGACAAGACAGGAGCAGCCCCAUGUGCAGUUCCGGAGGACGCCUACCGCUCGGCCGCGGUGGUCUUCUUCACGCGCUCGGAGGAGGGGAAAGUGGCCAAGGUGCUCGUGGCCCUCGAGGAACGCAAGGUCUCCGCGAGCUUCGUGGGCGAUGGUACGGGCAAGGUGAACCAGCUCCUGGUGGUGUUUCCCAUGGGGAGGAAGGAAAAGAAGGACAAGAAUGAUGCUGUAGAGACUGCCAAGCGCGAGUACAUAGAGGAGACGCUGGACUAUGGAUCCUUGGCCAGGUACCUUGACUUCGCAGACUUUGAUGGCGGCGGAGAUAUCGCAGCCACUAGAAUACCUCCAGGGGGCAAGGUGCCAAUGACCUGGAGCGGCGCGGAGAACCUGGCGCUCUACUUCGCCCCCGCCGCCAUGACGCUGCUCUUCUGCGAGGUGCCGCCCUGCGAGGUGGAUGAGCCUGGACAGGAGCCUGCUGCAAAGAAACGGCGCCAGCAGGAUACCGCCGCCGAGCUGGAAGCAAAGCCGAAGCCCAGUCCCAGCUAUCGCGUGGGGAAGGUAGGGCACCUGCAGCCCUUCUGGAUCGAGGCGACGGAGCUGCGAAAGGUGGCGCUGUCCAAGGAGAAGGCUCCAAAGCUGAGCCUUCAGCAGCAAGACUGCUGCUUCUUCCCGACCAAUGCCAGCGUCUUACGAAUGCCCGAAGCGCGCAAAUGGUUGGAUAUUUCAUCUUAGAUGCUUCAACAAGCA